AUGGAGCAAUCCUACAACACAUGCAUUCAUGACGGGGGGAGAGGAAGCGACAAGAGGCGUAAAGCCACUAUAUGCAGCGGGUUUGGCGACGAACAGCUUUUCCCAACCAUCCAGCGCCAAUUGCGCAACGGGUUCUCCGAGCUCAGCCGCGACCUGGACGCCAAGAUCCAAGAAGCCGUCACGACACAUCUCGCCGUCGUUCAACGGGACGUGGAUACCUUGAGGAACGAGAAUGUGGUCCUGGAGAGCGAGAGCGAUCCCAAGUUCCGAACGCGGCUAGAAACCGCAGCGCGCGAAAUCCGAGUGCAACUAAACGACGCGAUCGCGAUCUAUGCUCGUCUCGCACCGCCCACCUUCUGA